UGGCCACUGUGAAAAGCUUGACAACCACAACAACCAUUAAUCUAUUAGUGUACCGUACAAUAAAAAAAACACAUUUUUAUCACUCCCAUCUUCUUGUAAGGCCCCAAUCCCGAGGAUUAAUAAAUAUCAACAAUAUAUUGUAUAUCGCCACUAAUUUUCUCCCCAUCCACUGUGUAUAGUACUAUACGUAUGCAGUAGUACAGCUCAGGCUGUUGGCAUUUCGUACGUUGUUUGAGGUUCCUUGGAUCUGUUCGUUCGAUCUUUUUUAGGAAUUCUGAUCUACCCCGGCCAACUUCACUUCCAUGGCAGAUUUGGACAAUUCCAGUACCUGCGGAGAAGCUUGUGUGGAAAGUCCAGAAGUGGAGGUCACAAGCCAAGAUUCAAAUAAUAAGCUAGUUUUCUCGGUGGAUGAGGAAGCUCUGAUAGUCAGAAUGUAUAACUUGGUGGGAGAGAGGUGGUCACUAAUUGCUGGGAGAAUCCCAGGAAGAAGUGCAGAGGAAAUUGAGAAGUACUGGAACUCAACACACUCAACUAGUCUUUGAUCCAUGAGAAAAUAAAGUUUCGCUCUGUGAGUGGUAGAUUGUGGACAAGAAAAAAAAAGUACGAGUUAAAAUUAAUUAAUAUUGGUAAAAUGUCGGUGAUUGCGUCCGAAAGCUAAGCAAAAUAAUGUUAUGCCUGGGGCUAUAUAUGUAUGUAAAGUUCAGAGGAUUAUGUAUUUAUUAUGUUUAAUUAGUUUCAUGGGAUUAUGUAUUUCUUAUUUAUCAUUUUUAUUUCUCAA